GCCGCGCUGAUCGUUACCACGGAAUCUUGGCGCAAAUCUUUCGUUUGCACAAUCCUUCCAGCACGAAGAUGCCAAAUUGCCAAUGUUGCUGGUACAGCUAGUUUUUCGGCAGAAUUGGAGCGGGGCUAGCGUGAUGCCAAUGCCAAUAUAUGGGACAUUUGCAUACGGGAUCACAACAUCGCCGAGUCUUGCCCAAUCCUGUCAAUCAACCCCAUGGCCAGUUAUGUAAGUACAAGUUUGACUCUCAGCUGGUCUCCCUCCUAGCUUUCGUCAUAUUGAUGCAGGACACCACACGAUUAGCCCUAACCUAGCCAUGGGCGCUGGUGUCAUUGUACGUAGAACCUUUUUAUCCACGUGUUAAAACCCUUCAGACUUUGUCGGGAACGAGUUACUUCCAGCCCGAUUCCACGAGCGCUUGGUAUGUACCCGUGAUGAGAUAAAUACUCAUCCAUUCCAUUCUUUCUUGGUCAUUUCUUCUGCACAUCAUGAAUUGUCUCUUGUUGGCUACGUUUUUGGCCGUUCUCGUGCUGCCCAGUUUAGUUCGUUGCACGACACAGCAGGCCUUUCAACAUCUUCCAUCUGUGCCAAUCGUGAAGUUAGAUGAUGCGUUAUUCACCGGCACGUUCAUUGGCGAUGCGGCGCAAUUCUUAGGCAUUCCCUUCGCUAAACCCCCUAUCGGGAGCCUUCGCUUCCAGGUCCCUCAACCAGUGCCUUCUUAUGAGGGUUCACAUACUGCAGUAGCCCAUGGUCCCGCCUGCCCCCAACAGAAGUUACCAAUACGAAGAGGGAUAGGCCGAGUCAUCACUGAAUCAAGCGAAGAUUGUCUUACGCUCAAUGUAUUCACGCCUACCGUCAUACUCCCUGGAUCAAAAUUGCCGGUAGUCGUGUAUAUAUUCGGUGGUGGUUUUGAAACCGGGAGUAGUCAAUCAGAGUUCGGUAAUAUCACAGUCCACAAGUCAUUGAAAAUGCACGAACCAGUUAUCUACGUUAGCAUGAACUAUCGUGUAGCUUGGGGAUUCCUAGCGAGCAAAGAAGUCAAGCAGGCUGGGACCGGAAACUUAGGCCUCCGAGAUCAGCGACUUGCACUUCACUGGGUCCAAAAAUACAUUAGCUCGUUUGGUGGAGAUCCAGCAAAGGUGACUAUAUGGGGCGAAAGUGCCGGAGCGAUAUCUGUUGCUCUCCAGAUGCUCGCUUAUGAUGGUAACAAUGACGGUCUCUUCCGCGCGGCAUUUAUGCAGUCAGGGUCCCCGACACCUAUGGGUGAUAUCACCAAUGGUCAACGGUAUUAUGACUUUCUUGUUGAUACAACAGGUUGCAAUGAGGCAAUCGAUACAUUGGAAUGCUUGCGAGCAGUACCUCAGGAAAUUCUGCAAGCCGCUGUGGAUAAAACACCGUCUAUGUUUUCUUACCAGUCACUUGAUUUGGUUUGGAUGCCAAGGGCAGAUGGAAUAUUUUUGACGGACAACUUCCAGCGCCUCGUCCAACAGGGGAAAAUUGCAAAUGUACCUUUUAUCACAGGUGACUGCGAUGAUGAGGGGACAGCUUUCGCAUUCAGUACUACUAACAUCACGACAAGUGAGGAAUUUCAUGAAUAUUUGAAAGCGUAUUGGGCACGCAAUGCAACAGACGAGGAGAUCGAUAGAAUCCUGCUCAUGUAUCCUCAAGAUCCAACAGCAGGAUCUCCGUUUGGAACUGGAACUCGUGACCAGCUGACCCCGCAGUUCAAGCGCAUAGCUGCUUUUCAGGGAGAUGCCGUCUUCCAAGCUCCGAGGCGGUUCCUUAUAUAUGAGCGGUCGGGGAAACAAAAGAUAUGGACCUAUCUCAGCAAGGGUCUCAAGGUAGUUCCGUUUCUAGGCGCGUAUCACAGCUCCGACUUCGUUUACGAGAAGUGGGGUAUGCAAGGGAGCUUGUUGCAUCUCUUGAUCCAUUUUGCAGCACACCUCGACCCUAAUUGGAUUCCUAAUAGUGUUUUCUGGCCGGAAUACACUGUUGAAUCGAAGGAUAUGUUGAUGUUGGGGGAAUGGCCUUGGUCUGCACCCACUAUUAUUCAGGACACGUACAGAAAGGAGUCGAUGGAGUACUUGAUAAAUUUUACUCUGACUUACCCUCUGUAGUACUCGUAUGUUUGACAGUGCCUCACGUGUACAGUAUCAUAUGUGUAGUCCUAUGUGACUAGCACUAUCAUCAAGGUGCAGGUUGCACAUUUCUCAUGGCGACUUGUAUGAUGUGUGUGGGGUCGAAGCUAUUGAAGACAC